GCAGCCCAGGUGCCAGCGCCUCCUCGCCCUGCCGGGCAGCGCCGGGCGGCCGCGGGGCUCCAGCGCCGGUCCCCGGGGCACCGGGAGAGAGACAGCCCGCGGCGGGGCGGGGGCGAGCGCGGAGCGGAGCUGCCGGAUCCUCGCCCUGCGGAGCCUCCAGGAUUACAAGGAAUUGCGUGCUCCUUCCCAGCAGGCGAGCGAGGGUUAUCCCAAAGAGCCAACCUCCUUCGUGCCCUACUGUCCAAAAUAAUCCCUUGGACUCUUGAGAAGACAGGGGGGCUUUCGGGACCAUGGCAUCGACAGAAGGGUAAAAAGCUGAGGAUAGAGAUAAGCUUUACAACCUGGCCUAAAGGUCAGCAAACUCAGACACCAUAAGGAUCAUCAGCAAAAGUGAAUACUGACCGGACGUUGUUCGAGAAAGGCUUUCCACCAGUGCCGGCACAGUGGGAAAAAGGUAGCAGAAAGCGCCCCUUGCUGCAAGCAGAGCGGUGUAUCUCAGGCACGCACAGGUACAUGGAGAAAGACCUGCUGGAGUGCCAACAAUAUGCCUAAGCAAGUAGAAGUACGGAUGCAUGAAAGUCAUUUAAGUCCAGUGGAGCACAGAUCCAGGAACAUAUGUGUGCAGUUCUGCCAGUCGCUCCACAGGAACCUGCUCCUGACUCUUACUGUAUUUGGUGUCAUCCUGGGUGCCCUGUGUGGUGGUCUUCUUCGCCUAGCAACACCUAUUGACCCUGACAUCAUCAUGUUAAUAGCCUUCCCAGGAGAUAUACUUAUGAGGAUGCUAAAAAUGCUGAUCCUCCCUUUAAUUAUCUCCAGUUUAAUCACAGGACUGUCUGGUUUAGACGCUAAAGCAAGCGGCCGAUUGGGUACAAGAGCCAUGGUCUACUACAUGUCCACCACUAUUAUUGCUGCUGUGCUGGGUGUGAUUUUGGUUUUAGCCAUCCAUCCAGGGAAUCCAAAGCUCAAGAAACAGCUUGGUCAAGGGAAGAAGAAUGAUGAAGUAUCUAGUCUGGAUGCUUUCUUGGAUCUGAUCCGAAACCUGUUCCCUGAAAACCUAGUCCAAGCAUGCUUUCAGCAGAUCCAAACUGUCACCAAGAAAGUGCUGGUGCCACCACCCAUUGAAGAAACACCUAAUGUCACUGACUCUGCUUUUGCUAUGAUGAAUGAGACAAUGCGUGAAGCACCACCAGAAGCCCAGCUGGUCAUUAAGAAGGGACUUGAAUUUAAGGAUGGCAUGAAUGUCCUGGGUUUGAUAGGAUUCUUUAUUGCUUUUGGCAUUGCUAUGGGGAAAAUGGGAGAACAGGCCAAGAUGAUGGUGGAUUUCUUCAACAUCCUGAAUGAGAUUGUAAUGAAGUUAGUAACUAUGAUCAUGUGGUAUUCCCCUUUGGGCAUUGCUUGCCUCAUCUGUGGAAAAAUCAUUGCAAUCAAGGACUUAGAAGUAGUUGCUAGGCAACUUGGCAUGUACAUGGUCACUGUGAUUGUGGGUCUUCUCAUCCAUGGAGGGAUCUUCCUGCCUCUUCUCUACUUUGUGAUAACCAGGAAAAGCCCGUUUUCAUUCCUUGCGGGGAUUUUCCAGGCAUGGAUCACAGCACUAGGCACAGCUUCCAGUGCUGGAACUUUACCCGUUACAUUCCGGUGUCUUGAAGAAAAUUUAGGCAUUGAUAAGCGUGUGACAAGGUUUGUUCUUCCUGUUGGAGCAACUAUUAACAUGGAUGGAACUGCCCUUUAUGAAGCUGUGGCUGCCAUCUUCAUAGCACAGAUGAAUGGAAUUGAGCUGGAUGGAGGCCAGAUAGUUACUGUGAGUUUGACCGCCACCCUUGCAAGUGUUGGAGCUGCCAGUAUUCCCAGCGCGGGACUUGUCACUAUGCUUCUGAUCCUUACUGCAGUGGGCCUCCCUACCCAGGACAUCAGUCUGCUUGUUGCUGUUGACUGGCUUUUGGACCGGAUGAGAACAUCAGUCAAUGUAGUGGGGGAUUCUUUUGGUGCUGGCAUUGUCUACCACCUUUCCAAGGCAGAACUUGACACCAUUGAUUCCCAUCAUAAAGGGCACGAAGACAUUGAAAUGACCAAGACUCAAUCAAUCUAUGAUGACAUGAAAAAUCAUAGGGAAAACAACUCAAACCAAUGUGUUUUUGCAGCUCACAACUCAGUCAUAGUAGAUGAGUGCAAGGUAACACUGGCAACCAAUGGCAAAUCUGCAGACUUCAGUGUUGUUGAAGAGGAGCCUUGGAAACGUGAAAACUAAGGGAAGAGAUUCCUAGCUCCAUUUUAAUAAGCCCUGAAGCUGUCUUCUGGCAAAAGAUAUCACCAUUACAGAAGAUUUCUCUUUUUUUGUAUUUAACAUCUACAGUUUCUGAUUACUUAAUUUCUUAAUUGAAACUUAGCAAAGAUCUCAUCAAGUCAUUGUAGUGUCUUUGCCAAGCAAUGAUCCAUAACCAUCUGUCUCCCUUGCGUUACUGUUUGGAUGAUGCAGCUGGAGAAUAUUCCAUGCAGUGCAAUGUGCUCUCACCCGCCUCCCCUUUCAUUCAAGACACAGAGAAUGUAAACGCUGCAAAAUGGGAAGAUCAAAGUGCCAAUACAGUUCACUACAAGGACUCAGGGUCGCAAAUACAAGAGAAACAUAACACCAUGUAAACCUUCAAGUGUUUUGGUGACUCUUGUGGCAUACCUGAUCUAUUUAGCACUAUGGCUAAAAUAUCUUUUGAAAAAGUCCAUAAAGAUUUCUGUUUGUUUUAAUAAUAACAAGCACUGUAUUUUUGUGCCUGGUGGUACUUUAAACUGAACUUACAUCCAGGGGCAAGAUUAAUGUGUAGAAGACAAUAAAUUAUCCCAGACAUUUUGUUAGAUCGGUACAACUUACCUUCGAGACAAGACCUUAGAUUUGUGUGUGCAUGUGAUACGUUUUUAUCAGCAGUCCCAGGGCAGGUGCAGCCUUUAUAUUAUGAUGGGACUGUGCUGCUUUGUGACCACAAUGCAUCAUACAAUAAAAGGCAGUAGUAUUGCAGGGGUGGUAGUUCCUUCACUAAAUCUAUGCCUGAUGUACAAAAUGCCAUGGGAUCCGUUAUGUCAUUCUUAAUCAAAUUAGGUAGCACCCUACUAUUCACCCUGCUCCACUGAUGUCAGAGGGAUUCCUCAUGUGCAUGGGACUGCUCAAGUAAGGUACUACUAAGGCUGAUCACAGAUGUCGUGAUUGGGUGCUUGAUAAUGAGCUAUAAACAAAUUCUAAUCCAUUACUCUAAGAAAUUCAGUGGUUUUAAAUGUGAUUGUCAGUAGCAUUUGGUAUGAAGUGAAACCCAUCUUUGAAGUGUAUGUCAUAAUUCAGAGAAUGGCUAAAUCCUGAAUUUGUUGCGAAGCCAAAUUCCAUAUAAGGUUAAUAGAAUUUGGCCAGAGUUAGGACUGAGUGAAGAAUAAACUAGAAUUUCAGGAUUUAGACCAGUACAUUGAAUAUACAUCUCUUUCACUCUCUUUUUUGCAGAGUAACAAUUCAUGUAACUCUUUACUGUCAAAGAAAUGUUUCUUAGAGCACAUGGCAUCUGAAUUAAUGAGAUGGUGUUUUGUCAACAUGGUAUAGCUGACUCAUCCUGUCAGAAGAAAUUACAGUCACAAUAAUCACCCUGUGAAGUGUUUUUAAAGGUGUCUGUUAAUACUCAGCAAUUUUAAGACAGUGGUGAAUGACAUUGUACUAUUAGAAAUGUUCUAUAGCAAGCUGUUCUCUACCCUCAGAACAAGCUUUGUGCAAUUUUUGGAGGAGCUCUCAGAGGUUCCAGAACGGAUCAGAAUAUGAGCAUACAGUGAACUUAAAAAUGGCAGAAAACGGAGUUGAAACAUUUACAGAAAGAGGCCAUUCAGUGUCUGUGCUCAGACCUGUCAUGGGUUUAAACAGGAAUAAUGUGUUUAACUGUACAGUGGCAUUUGGCUCUGUAAAAGCUAUUAAAGUCUAAAUAUAAUCUGCCUUUUCUCAUCUGCAUUCAGGUAAAUAUCUCUGAAAAUGCACACAGACCUGAGCCAGCCAAUCUACUUGCAUGAUUAAUGAUGUGCAAGAUCAACUCCAUUGUCAGAGUAUCCCUCAUUUAAGUAUUUGUUGUUGUGGAAUAUUUUUCUUGCCAUUGUAUUUUUGGCCUCACUUGCAUGCCGUGGCUACAAUUCUAAGCAGAAUGGCCUAUAUAAUUUAACCAAUAAUGAACCACUGUGAAUUCUGUAGGCCUGUAACAUGUUUUAGAGGUGGAGACCGCUUCCAGUGGCCUCCUGAAGCAUCUUAAGGAUUUUUUUGUGAGGGAUGGAAUUGUAGGAUAUUCAGAGUAGUAGUAGGCAGGUUGCCUUCUCUUUUCUUGAGUCAUUGGUAUUAACAUAUCCAGAGCUAACCUAUAGCUAGCUGCUUCUUCUCCCAAUUUGCAUUCAAAGACAUUUUUACUACUAGGUUAUGUGCCAGAAAUGUGCCUGGAAUGGUGCGUAGGUAAUCUAAAAUGUUCCCUACUCUGAGGGUGCUGGCUCACAUCGAGUGAAAUUUGCUGUGGCUUGGGUCAUAGUUAUAUCCAAGAAUAACAGGCAGAGUUUACCCCAUUUAUACGCAGCAUUCUUGAGCCAUAUCAUGGCACAGCUCACCCAUUAAUAGAUGAGUUUCUAUCCUCUUCACUGUAGCAGUUUCUUAAGUGUGGCCACAGCAAUUGCUUGCCUUGAAAGUAGCUUUAGAAAACUCGUCCAUACGCUUUUAGUCGUCAUUUGAAAUUGUUUAGCAGUUGGAAACAAAUAGGAAUGCCAGCAACAUGUGACUAGGCAGCUCAACAAAAUUACAUAUUGAGAAACACUUAGAAUAUGCUUACACUUCCCACUUGGGACAUAUUGUCCUUUGAAGAGUGCUUCUUUGGGAGGAGACUAGGGGAGGAAGGAAUGAGAUGCUAGAGAAACCCCACCCACAUAGGGAGAAUAAAUUUGGGUCUUUUGAUAGGACUAUAAUAGCAGACUGUGAUUUUAAAAUAGUAAUUCUGUAGAUACAGUAACUCAGGGAUGUUUCAAAAGAUAAUUAUGAUGGUAUUUCUCUAUUUAAAUGUGGAUGUGGGAGAAGGAGAAAUGUUGUUUUUGGUAUACUCCUCUGCUUUUAGCCUGACUGAAUAUUUAAGGCAGUGUUACUCCAGUGCAGCACUGUAUUUAACCAUCAAAAAGCUUUCCAUUUCUCUGGGAAAAUGUAACUCACUCUUGGCUUUCAUUUAACUAUUUGCUCAUUCCACAUGAGGCUGGGUUGCUACUUAACUAAAUAAACAGAAAAUAACCCAGGGACCAGCCACUUCAGCUAAUACAAGCUUCACAUUUCAGCAGGCAGUGCUGGUUACUGGCCAGUCUCUUUAUAGUUUCACUAGGAGUGUUGAUGCAUUGAUUUGCAUCUGGCAAAUCUUUGGUAUUUGUUCCCAGUGCUGGGGUGGCAAAGUUAAAGGAAAAGCACAGUGGAAAGUGAUUGUUUUCUGUGUAGCUCCUAAACAAAUUAACAUUUUUUUUUUCUAGAUUCAUCUCAUUUACUGCUCUGUCAAUUCCCCCACCCUUGUCCGUGCGACUGAUAUCCUUUGCCCUUUGGAUUGCUGACAGCACACUGACACAUGGAAAAGUCUAGACCAGGCAAAGACUCAGCCAAUUGCAUGCUUAAUUAAGUACAUGCUUAUGCAUUUGCUUUAUGCAUUUACUGCUGAAGCUAGGUCAGCAUUCUCUUAAUAUCUGUUCACUGAAAGUAAAGCACACUGACCCUUAAAACUACAGAAGAGGUGGAGCACUUUGCUCCUGAAUUUGUUUCUUCAUUACUUCGCUUAAAAGACAAAGACUGCACCAGCACUGUAAGAAACAUGCGUGGAUCUUGUACAUGAAGGUGUUUCAAAUACAUGGGGGAUAAGCCAUUUGAACCAUAUUAUGGGAUGUGCUCUUCCUUUUGAAUCAGUGAGAAACUCCGUAUGUCUUUGAAAAACUGUGUUUGCUGUAGUAAACCCUGUGCGUGCAAUGUUCUCACUAUGUAAAAGCCCUACUGAAAUCUAUGGGAGUCACGGGCUUCCUGGAAAGGUCAAGUCUCUUCCUGUCUCCAUUAAGUUAUAAGACAUUUCACAAUCCCAUCCUAGGCAAAAGUCUUUGUCUGCGAUUUAUAAUGACGUUGAUUUCUGCCAAGAUGCUUCUUUUUUGCCUGAUUUUUUCUAUGUUACGAGUCCAGCGAUGAAUUUAAAACUCAGCACAAAAAUAAGGAUCACUACCAUUACAGUUUUUUCCAUUUCUUCCCUGAGAUACAGCUGAUCUCUAUUUCUUUCUCAGAGCACAUGGAAUUCCAAACUUCAUGCCACUUUAAAAGGUACAAUUAAUAUAGAUUUCUGAGUUGUUUUCCAUCACUCCCAGGGUCAUUAGAUUUCCAGCAGUAGAUACUCAGAAGAGCAGACUGUUCAUCUGAGAAGCUUCAGUAAUGGUGUUUGAACAAAUUUAUUCUGGCAACUGCCUGGAUUUUCUUUGCUUUCUUGCCUUCACUUGUGUUGUUGCAGCCUUGUAGCAACACAGCAGCAAUCGCACAAAUCCCCAAGACCAUAGGCAGUAUUAAACCUCACCUCUGACAUUCAAUUCUGUAAUUACCUUCAAAAAGGCUGUGAGCUUUAGUACCAGGCUCAGAAGAAUCCUUCUGUGGCGAUGUAAAGGUAUAACUGGUUUUCAUUUCACUAGGUUCCACUCAUCUAUUUUUAUUGCUGCAUUUGAAUUAAUUUACAGAAAGAUAAGUAAGGGCACUUUAUAGAAACGUACUGUAAUAUUAUUCUGUUAUGAGCCAGAUGACUGUUGCUGAUUUUAUUACUGUGAUUUCAAAGGCCACAAUUAAUAUAUUUUUCAUAUUAGUUAUUAUGAUACAUGCAUAGUCCAUUGGGACAAUUCACCUCAGCUAUAAUUCACCAUUUAAGAUGAUGUACAAGCUCCUGUUCCCAGCAGAAAGCAGUCUCGGGAAGAUGGGUUAUUUUCUUCUCUCCCAUCACAUUGAUGACUUUGAAGGAAAAAUAUUUACCACAUUUCCUUUGUCUGUCUAAUGAUGUGUAGAGUGUAGCUUCAAGUACUGAAAAAAAAAACCAACCCCAAAACCCCCAAAAAAGAAUUGCAAUGCCGAAGUGUCAAAGAAGGCAGUCCAGCUAUAAACAAAUUGUUCAGCUUCGCCAUGUUAUUUUUGAAAGUGUUAUGUUCUUGCUCAUAAUUUACCUGAAACAAUAUAUUUAGUGUAUAUUCUUUCCAAAGUCAUUGAUCUUUCUUCCCACAUAGACACCAAGGCUGUGUCUAUCCGUGGUCCUCAGACAAAGCACACUCUGCAGUUCUAGACACCUAAGGCAGGACUCCUUGUAAAGUCCCCAGCAACAGUGCCUGGGUACAGCCUGUACAGUGGGUGCCUCUCUCAUUUUUUCCUCCUGAUCAUGUUUGAUGUUAAAUUGAAAUCUGCUGCUAUAAAUGAGUCAAACCGCUGCUGAUGCCCAGGUGCUGGUAAUUCUUUUACUUCUUGUAUGAGCAGGCUCCCUUGCACAAGGAUCUGAGGAACCAUUCCUCUCAUGUGCCCACCAUCCCAGAGACAUCUGCCCCUGCUCAGGGGAAACCUGAUGACUUCCCACUACCAAGUUGAUACAAAUCCUAACAGAUAAGGUGGUUGUGCAGUUGCAACUAUGAAUCUUAUGGAAAACCCAGGCUCCAAACAUUGGAAAAACGUAGAGCAUAUGACUGAGCCACUGAGUAGGUUUCUACUAGUCCAGGAUGGAAAUAACCAACAGGCUAAUGCAAGAUUUGGGGAGGCAAGAAGACUUGUGAGAUUUCUCACUUCACCCAACAUUUGAUCCCCUUUCAGUUCUAAGUACGUUCUGCUGCAGAGUCAGUGCUCAUCGAUGCCAGAGUGUCCAAUCCUUCUAGUCUUAUUUUUCAAAAUUCAGGAGUUCUGCAAUUGUUUUUAAUGAUGCUCUGUGGCGCAUACCAUUACACGAAGGGAAACUGUCAUAGACAGCAUCACACAACCUGGAUUGUCUGCUACCUGUAUAUUGCUUUGUACAUAAAUAGUAUAGUUUGCAGGGAUUUUUGUAUCCUUCUUUUCUAUUAUUUUUCUACAGUUUUUCAAAGACUGUACGCAAACUGUGUUUACAAAUUGAUUUUGCAGUCAGUACUGUAGAUUAUAGCAUAUCCAUGUUGGUGUUUUCUAUGGGUGUGUGAGUUCUUGUGUACUACAGGUUGUCCUUCCUUCUUAAAGGUAAUUGCGUAUACUUCCAUCAAACAUAUCCUGUUCCUUUCUUAAAUAUAUCCCAUUUCCUAUGAUCUGGUGUGAACUCUAGCUUGUAGAAUGCAUGAGAAAAAGAUGCAUAUGUAUUUAUAUUGUUAAAUAUUAUAUGCUCAAUACUGAUUUAGUUAUUAAUACAGGUUUUAGGAGUUUGUACUAGUUCUCUGGAAACUACAGUGUAGACUGAAUUAAAUUACAUAGUAUCUGUAAUUUACAGACACACUAAUAUUUUCUUACAAUGUUUCUAUAUGACUGUAUAAGGUAGGGGAAUAAUCCUUUAAAGGUGAUCUGUACCUUAGAACAAAACCAGUUUUCUUAUAACAUUUAGGAUCAAUGAAAUAUUUUUGUGUUAUGUUUAGUGAUGAAUUAUAAACAAAGCACAAAAUGCAAGAAGCAAACAGGAAUAUCAAGAUGUCCUUAAAUGCUGCAGUUCAUUAUGGAACAAUGUUACUACAAUCUGAACAAUCUUCUAGAUUAACUGUCUGGGGCAAUCGUCCCUCAUUUUUGUCAUUUUUCCAGGUGUUACCUUUGCCAAAUCCUGCAAUUCUUUCUUAGGAUCUGAUCAUCUAUAAUUGACUGACUCAGAAUACAGUUUAUAGAAAACAAGAGAUCUGGGUGGGCAAAAAAUACGUUAUCAGAUAUGCAGUCCAUCUUGCUACAAUCCAGUGUAUAUGAGUUCAGCCUGCGGAUAGAAUUCAUGAUUUGGCCACCUACCUGUACCUUCUUGAAAAGGGACCAACAGAACCACCAUGGGACCACUGUAAUUGGGUAGCAUCUGUACAAAUACCUCCUGCUUUCUUAUGUAUUUUAAAGAGAACAAACACUAUAUUUUUUGACCAGGACAACUGAGAGUUGCUUCUCUAUUAUGGUCAUCUGUUCCCAUUAGGCAAAUACCCGUUGGCAUUAAGGCCAUGGCUAUAAUAAUUUGUAUUUGAUUAACGAGGUACUGUUUUUAGAGGAAUAAAAAUAAAUUAAUAUAAAUAUUCAUAUCAGUUAUAUAGCAAAAAAGCUUUUAUGGCCUACUAGCUCUUUGACUGUGAUUUAAAACAAAGAAAACAUUGAACAGCAAGUACUGCUGUCCCAGUGUGACUGAUACUGGGUAUCUCUUCAAUUAUUCAGAAAUCUAUGGGGCCAUGUUAUUCUGCUGAGGUUUUGGAGACUGAAUUUCUAGUAGAUGUGCAUGUAGGAACUGUGUUGAUAUACACUUGUAUUUUAAUCUCAUUCUUGUAUUUUAAAUUGGAUGUACCAGGUAUUAUCUUAACAUGAACUGCAGGUAGAGUAGUGCUGAGUUCCUAAUAGCUGUAAAACCUUAUUGAUACCAGUUUUGACAUUUUGUUGAAGCAUGAUGUCUGGUGCCUCUCUGCACUUAGUGUAGAUAAUGUAGCUAUCAACAUGUAAUUUCAGUGAAAUGGUGUAUACAGUAUGAGUAGCAGUGCUUUAAUUUAAUUUAAUUGGUUUCUGUGUAUUGAGCCACAGUAGAAAAUUAGACUGUCUUUUAAAAUGUUGUUCUACUUUCUAUUUUUCAUUUGUAUCUGGAUUUGUUUCCUUUUGGCUGUUCAACUGAUUAGGUUCCACAGCUUAGUAACUGCUUUAUCUGUCUAUUAUGGAGUAUCCUGUUCUGAUAAGAUUCAGAAUUAUGUAUGCAGCCAAGUUAUUGUAAAUAUGUUAUUUUUAGUUUUCAGCUAUCUAGCCAAUGUGGUAUGUGUUAGUACCUGCAUGUGCAUAGUUCCCUGGCAGUGCACGAAUGUGAUCCCAGUAUAGAUUUGCUGCCUUGUGAAUGCAGCUGUUAUGACAUUAAGAAUUAAUGUUCACCUAGAAUGAUUAGUUUCUGUUUUGUUUUCUUCUUGUUUGUUUGAAAUGUUGGGACUCCUUAUCACCAGAAAUUUAGUAAGCCACUGUUUAAGUUGGCACAAUGAAUAAGGGUAAAUCCAUCUAACUGCAUUCCCUCUGGAAGCCCUGGCUGCUUUUGAUUCUUAGUGCACUGUCAUUCAGCCCUUAGUCACGUCAUGGCAUCACAGGAUCCCUCUGAGUCACUUCCAGUUCCUCCUUGACCACAGACGCCAGCAAAGCAGGUGCAGUCACACGGCUGUGACGGCAAGGCUGCAGGCACCAAGGGGCUGCCGGUUGCCUCCAGAGUGCCUGAGAAGUCAAAGCAGAAACCUCUGCUUCAUCCCCUUGGCAGGAACAGUCCCUGAGAAAGACGAAUACACUGAUGGGUGAAGGUGCACUGUUUCUUUCAUUGUUAAAAAAGGAUAUUGAUAGUUAUUGGAAAUUAAAUGUGAAGCUAAAUGCUUCUCAAGCUCCUGUGGUUGUUGUACAGGCCUGUUAUUUACAAAAAGUAUGUCUGAUCAGAAAACAGAUACAUGCACUAUAUAGUCAGUGGCAAAAAUCUCCUGGAAUCAGGGCUACAGUUCAGAUCUGUGAGAAAAAUAAGACCUUUCUGGAGCAAAACCUCAAAGUGGUUCUGAAAGAGCUUGGGACAGCAAGAAGCUGGUUCAUUCCUGAAUACCCUGGGCCUGGAGCUCAUAAAUAUAAUCAUCCCCAGUAAGCGGAAAGAGAUCAAAGUCAGGCCCCAAAGCACAGGAAGUAUCCUGCUUGGUAAGUCCCAUUCCAGUGCUUCAGUAUGAAUUGUGCACUACAGUACCGUGCACUGCCUAUUCAUCAUCCCUUGCCCCCUUGUAAAAGUGACCAGGCACGAGCUGGAAUGUUUUGAGAUGUUUCAUGUAAAAAGGGUAAAAAGGAAGAGUGAUAAGGUUCGUCUUUUCCUUACACUAAAAAAUUUCCCCAGUUUUUGAAAUUACAUACUGUACAGUAUCUAUAGCACAGUUUGUUUGAAAACUAAUGAAUGCAGGCGGUAAAGUUUCUCCCAACUCUGGGCUCUGUUCUUGUAUAUUGUAGUUGGAAUGCCUCAUAGACUGAGUCUAUUUUUGUAGUUCAGAUCCUCUCCUCCUUACAAUGAUCAGUAGUCAUUUGCUUUUAAUGCUUUCUUAUGGUGUGAACUGAUUUCUGUAACUUUCAUGUAUAAAACAAACUAGAAAUUCUUUCUAUACUGGAAAUAGUAAUGAAUAUAAUAUUUCACUAAGUGUUGUACCUCUUAUGUACAUAUCAUCAAUAAAUGUCAAUUCAUAAUUUUCA